AUGUGUACUAAUUUUUCUGUUGUGGUUUUGGAAUAUAGAUUUUCAUGUGCUGCAGCCAUUGGGAAUGACACAAAACUAGAUUUUCAUGGUGAGCAUCGUGUUUGGGAUGGUGGCACACUCAAAAGAAUACUUGUCAGCAAUAAGGCACUCUAUGUUGUUAUGGAGGAUGAGCAAGAGUUUAUUGAAGGUGAUAUACCCACAAGCAAUGCUGAAAAUCUAUUACAUGGUCAAGUGCUUCAAGACGUCUCUGCCUCUACAUGUGCUUACGAUCAAGUAUCUCCCAACAUUGUUUCAAGUGGUCAACUGCAGGCAACAAGCCAUGGUCCUAAUCUGGUCCGUGUGGAACCUCUUAGUGGAUCAAUGAAUGCUACAUGUACUGCUACAAGUGGGAUGCAAAUUCAGCAAGCGAUGCUGGAAGGAAGUAAAUCACCAACAGAUAUGGACGUCACUCACACUUUAAGUACAGAAGAGUUACGUUCGCUUCUGGCACUAGAACCAGAGCCACAUCAACAUCAGAAGUUAUUCAGGUGUUCAACUGGUGUGAAAAGAAAAGCCGACGGAAGUUACUUGACACAGGAACGUCUGUCAGAGGAUAAACUACGAAUGCAGUUGCCUCAAAAUAAUGCCGGACGACAGAACACACAAGUUGAUAUUGAUCCACCAGAGACAUUUGUAGAGGGCGGAGGACCUUUUGAUCUGAAGUUUCAUUCAGAACUGGAUGACAGAGUGACGUCUGGUUUGGCUAGAUUUGGAAACUCAAAACUGGUUGAGCUGAGCCGGUUUGGAAAUAAAAACAUUUUUGUUGGAUUGAAUAUUCCACCUGCACCUGAGAAGAAGCCAGGAGUUGUCUCCGUCAUAGUCACCACAGAAGAGGGACAUUACCUGGGGGAAACAUUAUUUACGUACGUGGAUCAACAGGAAAAAGAGGAAGAAAAGUGGGAGAUCUUAAUGUCUGAUCGAGAGAAAAUGGGGAAGUUUUUUAAAAUGUUUGGCAAAAAGAUGCAAAAGCAGGGGAAAGUUGGAGUUUCCAGCGAUAGGUCUAUGCAAUCACAGGAAAUGCUUCAAGCUUUUGUUGAUGUAGCAGCACAAAUCGAAGACAAACAAUUUAUAUUGGAACUCCCCAGUUUGUCACCUGAAAGGAUCAUAUUUGAAACGUACAUAACUCAGUUACAAGAAGACACCACAGACGGCAGUUGCCAUGGAGACAAAAUAAACAAAAGAUUCAUACAGAAGAGUGACACAGGCCCAAUGGAGGCAAAGGAAAUUAAACGGUCAGAAUUGUCCAAAUCAAUGAAAGUGGAUAAAGCAGAACCGUGUGAAUCCCCCUGCAGUUGGAUUCUAGGAGAAUGUCUAGGAAAAGGAGCUUUUUGCAAGGUGCACAAAUGUUUUCCAUCAGAUAGUUGUGCCGAAACUCCCUGGGCGGUGAAAAUGGUGAAAAUGGAAAUGCCCCCUAAGGGAGACUCAGAGCUCAAUCAUGAAAUAAGUCUUGUGAGGAACCUAAGACAUGAGAGAGUCGUAUCAUAUUAUGGAAGUCAAAAGAGAGAUGGCUAUCUUCAUUUAUUUAUGGAGUUCAUGGCUGGGGUGCACAAAUGUUUUCCAUCAGAUAGUGGUGCCAAAACUCCCUGGGCAGUGAAAAUGGUGAAAAUGGAAAUGCCCCCUAAGGGAGACUCAGAGCUCAAUCAUGAAAUAAGUCUUGUGAGGAACCUAAGACAUGAGAGAGUCGUAUCAUAUUAUGGAAGUCAAAAGAGAGAUGGCUAUCUUCAUUUAUUUAUGGAGUUCAUGGCUGGGCAUUCACUUCUGGAAUGCGACAAUUUUGGUUACAUUCUUGCCGCGUCUAUUUUCGACCAGAGCUCCGAUGGAAAAGUUGGUUGCCAUGGCAACCUUAAAGCUGCACUGAAUUUCACUUGCUGCAAUCAAUUUCCAUUUUUAACUGAACCAACUGGAAUUUAA